AUGGAUGUCCCUUUUCCCAUCUCCCCGGGCCCUACACCACCACCCCCUCCCUCAUUACCUAUUAUUUUCCCCCCUUCUGACCCAAUUCCCAGCACCGCCCCGCAUGAUUCCCUUCCCCCACCCACGGUCCCACCCGCUCCCCCAUCCAUGCCCUCAUAUACACCCUCUCCAUCUCUCCGUGUGUCUUCCUGCUCCCAUGCACCCCCACCUUACUUAAAGGACUACGUUUGCUCGCAGGUGAUUUUGCCCCCACACCCGUCCUCGUUUUCGCCACCAGGUUUUGUCAAAGCCUUGCUCAUUUAUGUGGAUGAUAUUGUGAUAACAGGCAAUGAUGUGGGUGCAAUUGCUUCUUUGAAACUUUUUCUCCACAAUCACUUCCGGAUUAAGGAUCUUGGUGAUUUAAAGUACUUUCUGGGGAUCGAGGUUUCUCAGUCCAAACAUGGCAUUUAUAUUUCUCAGCGUAAAUAUGCAUUAGAGAUUCUCAAAGAUUAUGGCUUCCUGGGAGCACGACCCAUUGCCUUUCCUAUGGACGAUACAAAACUAUCUGACAAAGGGGAACUCUCAAGGAUCUUGAAAAGUAUCGGCGUCUAG